AUGCGUAUGCUAUCACAGGACGACGAACAUGACGAUGCUGCUGAGGUGACAUGGGAGGACCAGCAGCGCAUUAACAGCUUCUCUAAAUUGAAUAACCGGCUGCGGGGCAUUCAAGAGAAGGUGGAAGCACUGAAGCAAGAAAAAGAAGCCUUUGACGAUCUGUCUAUGGAGUUCGAGCUCGCUGACGAAGAUGAACUGGUAAUGUAUAAAGUAGGAGAGGCUUUCAUCCACCUACCACACGGUCGAGCUGUGAAGCGUCUUGAACGGGACCAGGAGGCAGUUGAUAGCGAGCUGUCAAAGCUUACCGAGCGAGCAUCGGAAUGCGAGAAGUCAAUGAAGGAGCUGAAAGUGAUCCUCUACGCGAAAUUCGGCCGGGCCAUCAAUCUCGACGAAUAA